AGAGCCAGCCAUGUGGGCGUGAUGCUGGGCCUGUCCGGUCCUGUACACGCACGAGCAGUUGGCGUCGUCCGCUACUUGCGCGCCCUAGCGACGAGCACACUUGCAUGUGCGCCUGAUUCGUAUGUGCUAACCGCCGUCGUGUACCGCGGCGAUCGUGGUCGGCGCUCGCCGGCGGGGGUAGCACCCAGUCCCCACCUCCCUUUAUCUCUUUUGUCUCGACGAAUUCCCUGCCCCUCCACGAACGUUAUUAACGAUUCCAACUGCCGGGAGCACUGACCGUUGUUGGCCUAUAAGUACCUGGCCUCCGCGCCCCACUCCCUUCACAGCCAAGCAACUCUCCAUUCCUGAAUCAUCAGCUAGUAGCUAGGUCGAGUCGAGGAGAGUCAGCGACUCGGUGUGUGUGCUACAAUGGCAGCAGCUGCCAACGUCCUGCUCCUCCUGCUCUGCUCAACCUUCUGCUUCCUUGCCCACCGGGCGGCCGGCGACUAUGGCGGCUGGCAGAGCGCCCACGCCACGUUCUACGGCGGCGGCGACGCGUCCGGCACAAUGGGCGGCGCGUGUGGGUACGGGAACAUGUACAGCACGGGGUACGGCACGAACACGGCGGCGCUGAGCACGGCGCUGUUCAACGACGGCGCGGCGUGCGGGUCCUGCUACGAGCUGCGCUGCGACAACGACGGGCAGUCGUGCCUGCCGGGCACCAUCACCGUGACGGCCACCAACUUCUGCCCGCCCAACUACGGCCUCCCCAGCGACGACGGCGGCUGGUGCAACCCGCCGCGCCCGCACUUCGACAUGGCGCAGCCGGCCUUCCUCCAGAUCGCGCAGUACCGCGCCGGCAUCGUGCCCGUCGCCUACAGGAGGGUGCCGUGCGUGAAGAAGGGCGGGAUCCGGUUCACCAUCAACGGCCACUCCUACUUCAACCUGGUGCUGGUGACCAACGUGGCCGGCGCCGGGGACGUGCAGUCCGUCUCCAUCAAGGGCUCCAGCACCGGGUGGCAGCCCAUGUCCCGGAACUGGGGCCAGAACUGGCAGAGCAACUCGCUCCUCGACGGCCAGAGCCUCUCCUUCCAGGUCACCGCCAGCGACGGCCGCACCGUCACCAGCAACGGCGUCGCGCCGGCGGGCUGGCAGUUCGGCCAGACCUUCGAGGGCGCCCAGUUCUAGCACGCCCCUCCUCGACGAGGACCGAUUUGCAUUUCAGACUUCGAUCGAUCAGAGUGUGAGCAAGAGAAGGAAACCCUCUUCGUUGUUGUAAAGAGGAGGCUCCCGCCAUUCCGAGGCUGCUUGUUAAUUAGCACCCGCUUAGGCAUUUCCUUCCCUGAUCAUCAUCAUAUAGGAUUAAGCUAUUUAAGUUCUGCACCGGUGAGUGAUUGUUGUAGCAUUGGGUUAAUUAAGGAAAAACAAAAACCUGCAAGGCUGAAUAUUGUAGGGCUAGAUGCAGGGGAGUGGUGUCGUGUAACUUUUGUUGUUACCCUGUAGCUAGCAACCCCCCGAAUCCGGCCACAUGGGGUGGGAGAUGUUUGUGGGGAUUGCAUUGCACGACCGUGAACAAUAAUGCUUGUUUAUGGUCUACUAUACAUGUAGUAUAUAUGAUGAUAUGCUCGUGGUUUGAUCCUCAGUUUGUA